UAUUUGCAUCUCCCCGCCCCUUUCCUUUCCAGGUGGGCCGGGGCAACCAAUAGGAGAAGGGCAGGGAGCGGACGCUCGCUUUUUGAAUUGCGUGCUGCGGGUGUCUCUCGAAUGGCGGCUUCGGAAGGAAGGGGCGCAUAACAAUCAGCGGACUGAAUGCUGUAGAAGGAAAAUACUAUUUUAACUAUGGCUGAUAAUAGUACACUUAUAGCUGAAACGGGGAAGAGCAUCUUGGCAGAUUCUUCUAUUACUGACUCCAGAAUUACCGAAACCUCAAAGGACAACAUAUUCACACGAUCUGCUUCUGAUGGCGAAGCUGAGGAAAUGCCCCAGGUUGAAACCAGGGUUGUUCUAGUUCAGGAAGCUGCAAAAUGUGAAGAACUUCUGAAAGCUUUAGAGACUGUUAAGAUAAUGGAAGUUCCAGUGAUAAAGAUAAAGGAAACUAGUUCUGGUAAAUUGGAAGAAAAACUAAUAAAAAGUAUUAUACAAAUGGAAAUUAAAGUGCCCUACAUAAGGACGGAUACAGUAGACGAGUAUCAGGACUCUGAUUCAUUGGAGUUUGAGACAGUUUUUGUGGUAGCAGACUUUCAAGGCUCUGUUUUCAAUAACUUGUACAAGGCAGAGUGCCGAAUUCUUGGGCCUCCAAUAGUCCUGCAGUGUGCUAGAAAAGGCGAGCCGCUGCCAUUUUCAUGUCGCCCACUUUACUGUGGAAGUAUGAUGGAUCUUGUGUUGUGCUUCACAGGCUUCAGGAAGAAAGAAGAAUUGGUUAAACUGGUGACCUUGGCACAUCAUAUGGGAGGCAUUAUUCGACGGGAUUUUGGUUCAAAGGUUACUCAUCUAGUGGCUAAUUCAACACAAGGAGACAAAUUCAGAGUAGCGGUUAGUCUAGGCACUCCAAUCAUGAAAGCAGAGUGGAUCUAUAAGUCUUGGGAGAAAAGAAAUGACAUCGACUUCUGUGCUGCUGCUGAGGAAUUCAGGAAGGAAUUUAAAGUUCCCCCAUUUCAGGACUGCAUGCUAAGUUUUCUUGGAUUCUCUGAUGACGAGAAGAAAAAUAUGGAAGAAAUGACAGAAAUGCAGGGUGGACAACAUUUGCCUGUUGGUGAUGAAAGGUGCACUCACCUCAUAGUUGAAGAAAACACUGUGAAAGACCUUCCAUUUGAGCCAUCUCAAAAUCUUUAUGUUGUAAAGCAGGAGUGGUUUUGGGGAAGCAUUCAGAUGGAUGCCAGAGCUGGAGAAUCUAUGUAUUUAUUUGAAAAGCCAGAUAAUUCUGAAUUGAAAACGUCUGUCUCGCAAUUGUCUCUGAAUACUCCAAAUAGCAAUCGCAAGAGGCGCCGCUUGAGGGAGACCCUUGCCCAGCUCACCAGGGAGACAGACAUGUCUCCCUUCCCACCAAGGAAAAGGCCAUCGGCUGAGCAUUCUCUUUCUAUGGGAUCCUUACUUGACAUUUCCAACACGCCUGAAUCAAGUGUGACUCAUGGAGAAACUCCAAAAUCAUGUGCAAAGCCAUCGAAAAAUUCAACGCCUCUUCCCCCAAAGCAGUCUGCAAGGUGGCAGGUUGCAAAGGAGCUAUAUCAGACAGAAAGCAACUAUGUAGAUAUCCUGACAACCAUAAUCCAGGUCUUUCAAGUGCCAUUGGAAAAGGAAGGACAGCUUGGAGGGCCCAUCCUUGCAUCAGAAGAAAUUAAAACUAUUUUUGGAAGUAUUCCUGACAUCCUAGAUGUACACAUCAAAAUAAAGGAGGACCUUGAAGACCUUAUGAUAAAUUGGACUGAAAGCAAAAGCAUUGGCGAUGUCAUCCUCAAAUAUUCAAGAGACUUGCUGAAAACGUACCCUCCAUUUGUGAACUUCUUCGAAAUGAGCAAAGAAACAAUUACCAAGUGUGAAAAACAGAAGCCAAGGUUUCAUGCUUUCUUGAAGAUAAAUCAAGCUAAACCAGAGUGUGGCCGCCAGAGUUUGGCAGAACUCCUCAUUCGUCCUGUUCAGAGGCUUCCUAGCGUUGCUCUUCUUUUAAACGACCUCAGGAAACAUACUGCAGAAGACAAUCCUGACAAGGCCACUCUUGAGAAAGCCAUUGAGUCACUAAAGGAAGUGAUGACGCAUAUUAAUGAAGAUAAAAGGAAAACUGAAGCACAGAGGCAGAUUUUUGAUGUUGUUUAUGAAGUAGAUGGUUGCCCAGCCAAUCUCUUGUCAUCUCACCGAAGUCUAAUUCAGCGGCUGGAAACGGUAGCACUUGGUGAUGACCUCUGUGACAGAGGGGAGCAGGUCACACUGUUUCUUUUUAACGACUGCCUGGAGAUUGCAAGGAAACGGCACAAAGUCAUUGGCGGUUUCAAGAGCCCGCACAGCCACACCAGGCCCCCAGCCUGCCUCAAGCAUGUCGUCCUCAUGCCGUUGUCUCAGAUCAAGAAAGUGCUAGACAUCCGAGAGACAGAAGGUUGGAACAUUUCUGGUAGAAAUUGCCACAAAGCAUUUGCACUGGUUGUGCGACCCCCAACAGAACAGACCAACUUGCUGUUCAGUUUCCAGAUAACAACAGAGGAGCCUCCCAAGGAGGACUGGCUGAAGAUGCUGUGUCGGCAUGUGGCCAACACAAUAUGUAAAGCUGACACUGAAAAUCUAAUUUAUACAACUGAUCCUGAUUCCAUUGAAGUAAACACAAAAGAUAUGGACAGUACAUUGAGCAGAGCAUCCCGUGCCAUAAGGAAAACAUCCAAAAAGGUUACCCGAGCCUUCUCUUUUUCCAAGACGCCCAAGAGAGCCCUUCGAAGAGCGUUGAUGGCACAUAACAGUGCGGACGGAAAUAAUUUCUGCCCAACAAGUGACAGCUACUUAGGGGGGCGCCUUGCCAGUACUUCAUCCCUAGCAAUGAUUCGCUCCUCUUCUACAUACUCCUUAAGUGGACCUAUUAAAAAUACUGUUAGUGUGCAGCGUUCCAACUCUAUUGAUGGGAGCUCCCAAACCGCUAGGCUUCGGCCUCUGAUCUGUACUUCCCAUGAUCGGCAAGGGAGAACUGCCUCCAGCUCGGAAACUUUAAGUGUCCCCUCGCUGGCCUGUUCUUGCUUGGGCACCACUAAUGACGAAGUGGGUGGAGACAAAAGGGUUGCCUAAAGGCAUCCAUUCCCCUUCUUUGAUCAACCUGCCGUCGGUGUUUGAAAAAAGGAGUCAUACCUUAAGUCGAUCGACUACUCAUUUGAUAUGAACUUGGUGGGAAAUGGACUUGCAACAUAAAAUUGCCGAUGGCCAAAAGGUGGUUUGGCUUCCCAAGCAAUCCCUUACUGACAUGAAUGGAGGUACUUAGCUAGCACUUAGUGGCAAUUAGUAAACUUGUAGAUAACACUAAGGUGAGCAUCAAGAGUUGUCUGAUUUGUUUACAAAACGAAGUAAAGGACUGGACCUUGGUUUGGGUAUAAGCUUUUUCUUUGCACAUGUUACUCUAUCAACAUAAUCAAAAUAUUUUGCUUUAUGUAAAACGUCAUAAAUAAAAUGGUAUUUGAAAAAUUGAAAGUUAAUCAGUGGUAUCCCAACUGACCGAGGAUGGUGAAUUUUCCUCUUAAAACAGUAUUUUUAUAUAUAUAUUGGCUGCAUAUAUUGUGGGUUUUAUUCAACUGCAUUAACAAAUUUGUACAGUAAGAAACAUGCUUCAUUUUUAAAGUACAGAAAUUAACCUGUUUUUAUAGGAUAUCAAAAAAAUUGAGGUUUCAAAAUGUCUGAAUAUUCUUUUAUUCCUGCAUGACAGUGUGGUGAUGAUGGUGUUUCAGUGGAAAACAUGAAAUAUUUUCGCCAGUUUUUCAAUUGAUUUAAUGUUCAGCUGCUAGGUUUAACUAUUAUUCAACAGAAAGGAAAUUUUCCCAAGAUAGGAACUGUGCUAAAAAAAUAUCACUUUUGAUCAUUAUAUUUAUAAUAUUUGAUGGAGACCAUUUUUAAAAGAAGCUGUCUCUAAAAUAUAAUGAAACACCUCUUACACAUACUGCUCAUGCACAGAUUUCAGUAUGGAGAUAAAAUGUAGAUUUGACUUCAAUAUCUACUGCUGCUAUUUUUUUUUUUAUCCAUAGGCCUUUAUAUAAAUUCCUUUGAAAAAUUCGCUUUGUGUUUUUUCUUAUGCUUCUAGUAUUUUCCCUUACAGAAAAACAUCUAUGGAAUAAUCAGGUUUCAUAAUAGAAUUUUAACACUUUCUCUGGAAAUUAAUCUUUUACUUGCUCUGUGUAUUAGGGAGAAAUAGUGGGUGGGACUUCUAGCUUCUCAUUCCUUUAACCACAGAUGCUACUUGUAUGCUGGCAUAAUUUGUGACACUUUUAUUACUUCUGUAUCUUUUAAAAAUUCUAUACUGGCAGAAACAUAUGUAAAUAAACUGUUUAUGUUAACGUUGAA